AUGAACUAUUAUGUACUCUCUGUUAUAGGUGUUCGACUUCCUGAUGUUAUGCGUGAUCGAGAUGUUGACUUAUUACCAUACAUAGGAUGGGAUGGCGAUAUUUCAAAUUUAGAUAUAAUCAAACAAAAAUUAAUUGAUGCACGUAUUUCACUUGAAUGUGCAUCAAUUCAAAGCAAAAAAGAAUCUAUAGUUGAUAUGGAAAAACUUUGUGAUAAGAUUUCUUAUCGAGCAGGUAGUGAUGCAAAAUUUAAUUUGAUGAUGACUAUUAUACGUACGUAUCGUUAUGCAUUGAAUGAUUAUGAAAAAGCAAAUGAAAUCGAAAAUAAAAUGCGAAGCGAUCUUAAAAAUGAAAUGGUCAGUGCAACAUCGGAAGAACGACAAGCACUACAACAACGAUGCCUAGCUAAUGAUGUCAUCAUCGCCAGUGAUGAAGAUGAAUCAUUAGUCGAUUUUGAUGAUUCAAUAAAUGAAAUAAGGGCUAAAGCUGCUAAAGGUCCAACAAUAGAAUCCGUUGACGAGGAGGAGGAUAUGGGCUUCAACUUAUUUGCGGACAAACAUCAAUCAAUAUUGACAUCAACAAAAAAUUUAAUGGAAGGACAGUCAUCAGUGUCACAUACAGAUGAGUUACAAAGCAAGGAUAGUGUUGGGAGUAGUGAUUUGUCUUAUGUACGAUUUACUGAUACACGUCCUGAUGAACAAGCUCCCAUGAAAAUGAAAGAGAAAUUUGUGCCUGCUCCACCACCACCACCACCACCACCAUUACAAGAAUGUAUGCCAGCAGAAGCAGCGCCUCCCCAACUCUCAACAUCUGCUACUAUGAGACAAACAUCACUAACAAAAGGACAACUGUCAAAAACACUUACGCCUGAAUUAUUGGCAAGACCUUUUGGUAGCACCGGCUUUUCUAUGGCUCAACCUCAAGGUAAAACCUGA